GUUCUGAGUGAGCCAAACAGCAGCGAGCAUGGACGGGGGCAAGAGGGUGUGGGUUCCACACCCGAUUGAAGGCUUCAAGCUGGGCCGGAUAGUUGACAUCGGCUCUGACAGCAUCUCCAUCGAGCCUUUUGAUGCUCCGGGCACUGUGCUUUGAUGUAUCUCAAUGAAGCCACUUUGCUACACAAUAUCAAGAUUAGGUACAUGAAGAAUCAGAUUUACACUUACACUGCCAACAUUCUGAUUGCUAUCAACCCGUACUAUGAGAUCCCUGAUCUCUACGCCUCGAGCACCAUCAAAAAGUAUCAGGGGAAGUCACUUGGCACUUUGCCACCUCAUUGUUACGCCAUCGCUGAUAAGGCGUACAGAGACAUGAAGGUGACCAAGCUCAGCCAGUCCAUCAUUGUGAGUGGAGAGUCGGGGGCCGGGAAGACUGAGUCCACCAAGCAUAUCCUCAAGUACUUGACGGAGAGCUGGGGAACUCAUGCCGGACCCAUUGAGCAAAGGAUUUUGGAGUCCAACCCUUUGCUGGAAGCUUUUGGCAAUGCGAAGACUGUGAGGAACAACAACAGUAGCCGCUUUGGCAAGUUUGUGGAGAUACACUUUGACAGCAAGAAUUCGGUGUGUGGCGGGUUUAUCUCCCAUUAUUUGCUGGAGAAGAGUAGAAUCUGUACGCAGGCCCCACAGGAGCGUAACUACCACAUCUUCUACCGCCUGUGUGCUGGCUCGCCCGAAGACUUGCGCAAAAAGCUCAAACUGGCGCCCCCAGAUCAUUUCCAGUACUUGAAGCAAGGCAACACACAGUUCUUCUGCAACCGAAAAUCUGAGAAGAGUUUGACUGACAACAGAAAAAGUCAGCAGUAUCUGAAGCUGGGCAGCCUGAAGGACCCUGUCCUAGAUGACGUCAAUGACUUUGGCGUGUGCGACGCUGCCAUGAAGCACUUGGGCUUCAAAGACGAUGAACGUCUGGGGAUCUAUGCCCUGGUGGCAGCCAUCUUGCAUUUGGGGAAUGUCUCCUUUGAGGACAGUGAUGAUGCUAAAGGAGGCUGUAAGGUGACUAAGGUGGCUGAAGACUCCAUCCAGAUGGCCGCGUCUUUGCUGGGUGUGGACGUGGAGGAACUCCGAGACUCUCUCAGCUCCCGUGUCAUGCAGGCUACACGGGGAGGCAUGAAGGGCACAGCCAUCAAGGUUCCCCUGAAGGCUUCUGAGGCAAGCAAUGCCAGGGAUGCUCUGGCCAAAUCGAUUUACUCGCGGAUGUUCGACUACAUCGUUGACAUGGUCAACAAAUCCAUUCCUUUUGGCUCUUCUGUUAGCUUCAUCGGUGUGCUGGAUAUCGCUGGAUUUGAAUAUUUCCAAGUAAACAGUUUUGAACAGUUUUGCAUCAACUACUGCAAUGAGAAGCUGCAACAGUUCUUCAAUGAUCGUAUUCUGAAAGAGGAACAAAGUCUGUACGAGAAGGAAGGUCUGGGUGUGAAGAAGAUUGAGUGGACAGACAACCAGGACUGUAUCGAGCUGAUUGAGGCCAAGAGCUGCGGCAUCUUCGACCUGCUGGAUGAGGAGAGCAAGCUGCCCACACCAAAGUAUGACCACUUCACCAACGAGGUCCACGGACGCAACAAGAACCACUUCCGCCUCAGUGUUCCCCGUAAGUCCAAGCUGAAGAGUCACCGAGAUGUGCGAGAUACAGAAGGUUUCCUGAUCCGUCACUUUGCUGGGGCUGUUUGUUACCAUACAACCCAGUUCAUCGAGAAAAACAACGAUGCGCUACAUGCCUCUCUGGAGUUCCUAAUCCAGGACACGAAGAAUCCGCUGCUGAAGAAAUUGUUUCAGGCCACAGAGGCCGCAGCGACUGCCGGGAAGCUCAACUUCAUCAGUGUGGGAUCCAAGUUCCGCAAACAGCUGGGAAUCCUCAUGGACAAACUCAGGUCCACUGGAACCAACUUCAUCCGUUGCAUCAAGCCAAACGCAAAGAUGGUGGACCACUUGUUUGAGGGAGCCAACAUUCUAAGUCAACUGCAGUGUGCAGGCAUGGUGUCCGUGCUGGACCUGAUGCAGCAGGGCUACCCGUCCCGUACACAGUUCUCCGAGCUCUACAACAUGUACAAGAGAUAUCUGCCACCUGAGUUGUCCCGCCUGGACCCUAGACUCUUCUGCAAAUCGCUGUUCAAAGCCUUGGGUUUGGAUGACAAGGACUUCAAGUUUGGCCUGACCAAAGUGUUUUUCCGGCCUGGCAAGUUUGCGGAGUUUGACCAGAUCAUGAAGAGUGACCCGGAGAACUUGGCAGAGUUGGUGAAGAAGGUGAAGAAAUGGCUGCUGCAGUCUCGCUGGAAGAAGGCACAGUGGUGCGCUCUGUCUGUCAUCAAGUUGAAGAACAAGAUUUUGUUCAGAGCCCAGAAGUUUGUGGUUAUCCAGGCUCACAUCCGCAUGUGGCGAUGUGCCCGCAAGUUCAAGCCCAAGUUUGAGGUGAUCAAGAAGGUGAAGGCCGUCCAGGCACAGCGCUCUCUGAUGGACCAGAUUGUCUCACAGCUCAAGAAAGACAAGGACUCAGCCACCAAAGCUGUUAAGGAAUUGGAGUCUAGCCAGGAGAACUUCAUUAAGAAGAUCAGGACAACGGACAUGACACGAGAGGAGAUGAGCAAGAUAACCAACACUCUGAUGACAAACAUGGACGUCCUGCUCAAAGACUUCAACAAGAAACUGCUGGCUCAGAAGAACGCUGAGGAGCAGGAGAGGCUAAAGAAAAUUCAGGAACAAAUGGAGAGAGAAAGAAAGCAAAAAGAAGAAGAAGAAAGACAAAGAAAGGAGGAAGAAGAACAGAGAAAGAAGAAAGCUGAGUUGGAAAGGAAAAGACAGAAGGAGGAGGAAGAGAGAAAGAAGCAGGAGGCUGAAGAUAGAAAGGCUGCUGAGAAUCUGCAGAAACAGCUUGAUGAAGAGACCAAGCAGAAUGCCCAAAGACAAGCGGCAUUGGACCAGGAACAUCGUGACCGUGAGCUGGCUCUACGUCUGGCCAUGGAGGACCAGAACCAGGUGGAGGACAUCCAACUGCCGCCUCCGUUGCCCAGGUCGGCUGCCAUGGUUGCCCUUCGUACGGCUGCAGCCCAGAAGAAGUUUGACCUGACCAAGUGGAAGUAUGCAGAGCUGAGAGAUGCUAUCAACACUUCUUGUGAUCUGGAGAUGCUGGACGCCUGCAGAGAGGAGUUCCACCGUCGUCUCAAGGUCUACCACGCCUGGAAGACAAAGAACAAGAAGAGGGGAGAGAAAGGUGCCACCGAGGCUGAUCAGAGGGCACCCCACUCUGUCGAGGCCAACGCCCAAGGCCCCCCUGUACCUCCACGGGGAGGCAACGAGGAUAAGACCACUCAGCGUUACUUCCGUAUCCCGUUUGCACGGCCGGCUGACGAGUACCGUGAGGAGACCAAACAUGGCAUGUGGUACGCCCACUUUGACGGUCAGUGGAUCGCCCGCCAGAUGGAGAUCUACCCGGACAAGUCACCCAUUCUGAUGGUGGCAGGUGUGGAUGACAUGCAGAUGUGCGAGCUGUCACUGGAGGAGACUGGGCUGACCAAGAAGAAAGGUGCUGAGAUCUUGGAGAAUGAGUUUGAGGAAGAGUGGAACAAGUCUAACGGAAUGGCUGUCCUCAAGAAACACGCCCAGAAAAUUUCCUCCAAGUUCCUGCAGCAGAAACUUGGUAUAUCCAAGUGAGGGUGGUAGAAGACACUUACACUGAGAGCUUUGUGUUUUAGUUUGUAUUUGUUUGUUGUGUCUGUGUAUUUUGUUUUUCAGUUUUUGGGGCUCCUCUUGGCCUGUGUGUGAAUGAGAGCUUUCGCUUUUAUUUUGUAUGGGGCCUGGUGUAUGUCAAAGGAGCGUUUGCAUUUUGCUGUUGUUUUAUGCUGCUCGAUGUGAAGUGCUUAUAUUUGAAGUAGCCAUGUCGGGAAGGAACUUGAAAUGUCUCUGAGAUGGUUGUAAGCUUGGUCUUAUUUGACAUGAAGAGCAGUCCAUGUAAGCAUUCUCUUUGAGAGGAAUUGUCUCAGUUCCACCAAGUUUUUUACAUUGGUAUUUGGAGAUGUGAAGCUUGGAACUGGCAAGGUAUGCUGAAAUAAAUCAGUCUGAAUUGAAUUACGUUCUAAAUGAGAAAAUGACAAAUAGAAAGAGAUAUUGAGAUAAGAAAAUAAGCUUUGUAUAAACCAAUGUAUCAAUGUGAAUUUUUUUUUCUGUAGCCUGCAGGUUUAUUAUUAUUAUUAUGGUAUAUUACUGUAUUGUUGAUCAUAUUUUUUCCUUUGUUGUCAAACUUUUGUUGUUAAACUUUGUGGUAGGCUACUUUACUGGCUCUGUGAACAUUGUGUGUGUGUUCAUUCAUAGACGCAUUUUGGCUGUGUGUAAGUGUGUUCUUGUGUCAGCUACAUUUCUACUGUGUGGUGACACUGUAGUGUGUUCAUGUGUUGUAGAUGCAUUUCUUCUCUUCGUAACUAUGUGCUUGUGUGCGGCUCUGUGUAACCAUGUGUUCAUCCAGAAGUCAGUAGAGCUGUCGGGUCACUUUACAGUCUGUUCUCAUGUCGUCUUAUGGCCAGCUCUGGCUGCUUCUCUUGUCUUUAUUUUCUUUAUAUAUAUAUAUAUAUGUAUGUCUGGCAUUAUUGUCAUUAUUAUUGUGUAAAAGAUUUUCCUCUCGAUGCUGCAGUGGUAAAGACUGAAACCACAAAACGUUUGGCCGACCUUGGGCUGUUUUCCUUUUUUGUUAAGUCUUUAUUUACACGUGCAUAUAGUUGGUAUGUAUUUAUGUAUUAGAUUUGUUUUUUAGUUUGCUCUAUUUGGGUCACACAAUACCUGGUUACAAGUAAUGAAGGCUAGAUUGUCUCAACAAUGGUGUAUGGUUUUCUCAGUAAACUUAUUUUCCUCUUUUACUUUUAUUGCCUUUGUAUUUGUGCCUUUUGACAUAGAUUCUAUCCCACUCCCACUCUCAACUACGUUCUGUGAGGGAUGACCAGGUUUAUGCAUAUUUUUGAAAGGACUUAUAUUUUUAUUGAAAGUAAAAAAUUAUUUUGUUUUUUAUGUAAAUGAAUGGCAAACUCCAGUGCUCUUUCUAUGUAUUGAGAUAAAAGUUGGCUGUUGAUUCAAACAUUUUCCUGUAUUUAGAGACCACCAUACUUUUUUUAAUAUUUAGAUAUUUUGAUCAGCAAGAUCUAUUGCUGAGAAUGUUCACUAUCUCACCUGCAAGAUAUGAUGUUAUUUAUUGUCAUUUGUCUUUCUAUACCAAUGUUGUGUUUUUAUCUAUAGCAAACGGUUGAUGGUGGCUUUCCUGUCUCUUCUUUCCUGUACCCUGACUGAUAAGAACUGCCUCCUUUUGACAAAAUUUCUAUCAAGGCAGAAGAGAGAUUCCAGCAGAGUUUGUUUUAUAUCUAAUAAUAAUACGAAUCUGAACCCUUAUAUUAAAAGGCCUUUUGAUUGCUACGUUUUCUCUCCCAUUUUGGAGACUUUUUACGAGCGCCGUAAAAUCCCAUACUAAAAAGAAAAGGAGACUUUAAAUUGUGUACUUGGUAGUGUAAAGCAGCCUGAAGAUCAUCAUGUCACUUUCAAAGCGUCAGGCAUGUUUUUUUUAGAAACUAAAAAAAGAAAAACCCCAUGGAAUGUUUUAUAAUUUGGCUGUACAUCAGAAGCCCUGUGGUUCUUCAAAAUGUCAAGUGUCUCAAGUGUUUCUUAUCUCACAAAAAAUUGUCCUUGGUUGCAAGAGGCAAAAGUCAGGGUACAGCAUUCCUCUUUCUCUUGUUGUUCCCUCCUGUGACUGACAUUGAUGUGAUGGGGUUGGGGGGGGGGGGGGGGGGAUGGAUCGUCUCUUGAAAAAAAUCCCUAUAUGUGAUACAGUGUGUGAGAUUAACGACGUCUGUUGAGACUGUUUUUCUCCUCACUGAAGAGACUUUCGAUGAGCCCAAUUCACUUUACUGUUGUAAGUUGUACAUGACUGGUACAGAUUCCUCCUUGUGAAGUGGAUAAAGUUUGUCCUUGUCAACUUUUGGGAACAAGUUUCGUUGAACUUGUAUCUUGUGGGACAGGGAAGGGGGAACACGUGUUACAUUCCUAGUACCCACCCAAACAUAGUUACUUACAGUUUUUUGAAGAACGUUUUUCCAUACAUGAUGCAUUAUGACAACAAAACCUAAUUGAGAUUUGUAACUUUUGUACUUUUUUUUAUAGAAUUUAUCAUAUAACAAAUAUUCUGUGAAAAGAGAGCAGUUGUUGCUUUGAACAAUCUUGAUUGUGAGAGUGGUCUGAUUGUCGUGCUACCUUGGGUUAAAUAGAAAUAUUGUUGUGUGUAACAACAGGGACAUAGUCACAAGUGCACAUCAUUUUCCCACCAUGCACACAAUUGAUGGCACAAGACGACCAUGACACUCGAUGAAGUUCUGCCAGUUUUAUCAAGGAUUCAUCAAAUGUCAGGUUGCAUGGAAGGAACUUGUCUGUUGGAGACACAGGACAUCUCUGUGUAUAGAGAAUUUCUGUUAGAAAUAGUGUAGACUAUCCUAUUUCGUGAUGUUUUGGGUAGGCUUUGACUUCCCAAGAAGGAGAUUGACCUUUGUGUACAAACUGAUGGCCUGACAAGCGUGUACAAUUCAAGGAUACGCUUCAUAGUUUCAAGUGGCGAAGAUCAAAGCUGAUGGCAGAUUGCAGUAGACAAUAUUGUCGCUUUGUAUAGUUCACUUUAUAGUGCAAAUAAAAAAGCUGUAGAAGAAAUAUGAAUGUAAGAAGUGAUGCUUGAAGAAUCCGAUAAGGAUACUAAAUAUAAUAAAGGUUGUUGUGAUAACUUACAGAAAGUGUUAAGCCCCACAGUGUGAAAUGAUGAUCUCACUAACUCGUUUUUGCCUUUAGUAGAAUUCAUGACAGUCUUCACACAGGUUUCAUUUUGAUCUUUAUAUCUCUUCAUAUAGAUGCCUGUAGUCUUACAUCCAGAAUUAAAAUGUUGUAUCCCUUUCACACCACUCUUCAUGACCCUACACACUGCUGGGCAGAGAGGUAGAUCAUUUUGCUCUCACAACUAUUAUGUUCUGCCCUUUGUUAUGUGUAAUAAACAAGAAAAGGCUGUGUGAAUUUGGAUAAAUUAAAUAAUGAGGGCAGGCACACUAUAAUGUCUUGAGUGUAUUAAGAUUUUGCUAGUCUUCUAUUCGAAGAUUUGAGCAUAUUUUUUAAAAAGCAUUUCUUAGACAAGGCACAGAGAUGUGAAUAAGGCAGGGAGUCAUGUUUAUGAGUGCACACUCUGAUGACUGCCCGCUGUAAAAAUGUUAGUAUUGUUAGAGAGAGACUUCACGUGAUAACUCUAUUGACUGUCAUUAUGUGCACAAAUUUUUUUUCUCAGAUUUCACCAAUCUAUUGUCUAUUUCAAAUUGAUGCCAUAAAAAGUUGGAAGCUUUGAAUUAAGUGAACUUCACCUUCAUUUUUGUGUCUGCUGGAAACGACACCCAGAAACAUGGUCACCAAAACAGAAAAUUCCUUACAAUGUGCUAUCAAACACUGUUGUUUACUGCAUAUUGUACUCUGUACCUUGUUCUCACAUUCCAAGUUGUGCUAAUAAAAUGUCAGUUGUUUUA